AUGUCUCGCAAGCAGGCCAAGCCCCUCCCCAAGUUCGACGUCGGCACUCACUAUGUCAUUCUACACGGGCUCGGAGAAGGUGCAUACGGUACGGUCGCCGCUGCGCUGCACAAACCGUCCGGGAAGGAGGUCGCGAUCAAGAAGGUCCUGCCCUUCGAACACACGCUCUUUUGCCUACGCACACUACGAGAGCUCAAGCUGCUGAAGUUCUUCUCGGAGACCUGUGUGAAUGAGAACAUCAUCUCGAUCUUGGACAUCAUCAAGCCUCCUUCGAAGGAUGAGUUCAAGGAGAUUUAUUUCAUCCAAGAGCUCAUGCAGACCGACUUGCACCGCGUUAUCAGGACACAGCAACUCACUGAUGAUCAUUGCCAGUACUUCGUGUACCAAACGCUGCGUGCGUUGAAGACCAUGCACUCCGCGGACAUCGUCCACCGAGACCUAAAACCCGCCAACCUCCUGCUCAACGCGAACUGCGACCUGAAAGUGUGCGACUUCGGUCUGGCACGCAGCACGCGAUCCACGAACCCGGGCGGAAAGGAGGUGGGCCUCAUGACGGAGUACGUUGCUACCCGGUGGUACCGUGCGCCGGAGAUCAUGCUGUCGUUCAAGAUGUACACGAAGGCGAUUGACAUCUGGGCUGUUGGCUGUAUCCUCGCUGAGCUGAUCAACGGGCGGCCUCUUUUCCCCGGUCGUGACUACGGGCAUCAGCUCGACCUCAUCCUCGAUGUGAUCGGCACGCCAACGCUGGAGGAAUUCUACGGCAUCACAUCGAGGCGUUCCCGAGACUACAUCCGCGCGCUGCCCAUCAAGAAGCGCAAAUCGUUCAGCGCGGUGUUCCCGAAGGCGACACCGGAGGCGCUGGACUUCCUGUCCAAGACGUUGACAUUCGACCCGAAGAAGCGUUUGACGGUGGACCAGGCGCUGGAACACCCGUAUCUCGCAUCAUACCAUGACCCGGAGGACGAACCUGCUGUGUCCUCCCUCGACUCGGAGUACUUCGAGUUUGAUUACCUGGACUUGAACAAGGACGAACUCAAGGACCUGCUGUACGCGGAGGUAAUGUCCUUCGUGCCUUGCAUUUAA